CCCUGAUCUGAUUGAUAAAAUCGCAUUGAUAUGGCGGUGGACUGUAUAUAAGGAUGCAUUUGUUACUUUUGUUGUUGUUGUUCUGAUUUUGGUUGUUGAGGUCGGAACCUACAACUCCUGUUGGUGUAGAGUAUCAUUCUCACACCCAGCGAUUGUGAACAUAAUGCCUUAUUCCCCCUCUCAGUGGAAGACAGCGCAGACUUUGUGGAUCGGUCUUCCGUCGGCAGGGCUGGUCGUUAACUUUAGCCUCAUUAUGUGUGUUGAACUUCACUGGAAGGAAUGGAAUGGUAAGUACCCACGCCUUUCCCGAGAGGGUGGGAGUCCUCUAUGCAAGAAUAGGAAGGAAACGGAGAAAGAAUUAGACGAAUUGAACAUGUUGGAAGGACGACUUCAUAGAGAGCGAGAGCGAGAGGGAAGCGAAGUAGUUGAAUUGCAACAAUCUGGACAGGAAUCUAACCAUGGAGAAGAUACAGAGCCGCAGAGUUUUUUGCUCAGUAUUCUUAGUCUUACUGUACAUAAUGAGAGAGACUAGGGUGCACUUGAUUAAAGGCCGUAUGUGGACAAAGUUCCCCCAGCGUGCGGGCAUGGUACGGCACGGUCGGGCGUGAAAUUUUUUCUAUUUUUUAAAUCCCC